AUGUCUGCUUUCGCGCAAUCCGAUGAUCCCGAUGCUCAACACUACUCCUACGUCUCCCCCGAUCCCGCAACCACCACCCCUCCCAUCCCGCCAGAGCAAUCAACAAGCUCCGACGCAGAAGCUUCCCACGGCCACAGUCGCUCCAACAACCCCCUGCUGAGCAACGACAAUGGCCUUGUCUCGGAUCUAGAACAGGAAGUGCUGGACGAGUACUCCCGCCUCCUGCGGAAUGUGAAUCAGCUCUCAGAAAAAGUCGCCGACCUUGCCGGAUCUCCAUCCUCCAUGACCCUCGACGGCCUUGGGCUCCUUGAGCGCAAAACCGCGACGGUGUGCACGUUGCUCAAGGCUAGUGUCUACAGUAUCGUGUUGCAGCAGCAGAUCUGGAAUGAAAACGAGGAGCAACAACUACAGGAGGGGCAGGAUGAGCAGUUCCAGGAUCAAUACGGAGGUUAUGAGGGAGAUGGAGAUGUUACUUUCCAGUGA